AUGUUUAAAAUUGCCAUUCUUUUAUUGCUCUUAAAUCAAGUUUGGGCAACUAAAACUUUAAGUACAACUGAUAUUUCUACGUCAACAGUUUGUCCAUGUUCAGCAGCCCGGUGUACUGAAUGUGAACAAAACACUUCUGGUGGUACUGUUACUCAGUCUGCAUCAACGGUCACCAUAACUACUAAUGAUAUCGAAUCAGCAUCUACUAUUACCAAGGACAUUACGACUACUACUAAUAUUACUGCAUCUGGUUCUACAAUUACCGAGGUUUCAACUGUCACCGUUACCGCCAGCGACACAGUGUCUGCCUUGACCGUUACUGCAAAUGGUACCACUCAGGAUGCUUCAACUGUCACCAUUACUGCUAGUGGUACUGCUCCCGCGGUUCCUGCAUCCACAAUUACUAAAGAGGCAUCAACAGUUACUGUAACCGCCAAUAGUACUGUCCCCGCUUUUCAUCAAGAAGCAUCAACAGUUACCAUUACUGCUAAUGAAACGGCACAUCCUUCAACUGUAACGGUAACCACUAAUUGCACAGCCUCUACAAUAAGUCAAGAUGCCUCCACAGUAACAUUGACGGCUAAUAGCACAGCUCCCGCUUCUACGCUAGAUGCAUCCACCGUUACUGUGACAACGAACGUUACGGGACCACCUUCGACGAUUACCGUUACCGCUAGCGGCUCUUUGACUAUUCAUGUUUCUGAAGCUCCGUCUACAGUGGUUGUGACUGCCAAUGGUACAGCAUCUGCUUUCACUGUUACUGAAACCUCCACUGUAACAGGCACACAUACUGUUCCCAGUAGUAAUGCAACUUCCACAAUAGCUGCAGCAUUUCAAGGGCCCACUCCGUCGACUGUGUUCCAAACUUCUACAAUGACAGUUGAUGGUACAUUUGCUAGGUCAACGCCCACUGCAGCAACACCGGCACCAUAUACGGUCACUAAAACUAUAACAGCACCAUGCACUGCCUCUGCAGGUUCUGUGAUCAGUGAAUUAGCUACAACUACAACUACAGAAGUUUCUAAAGAUUCUUCAUUGGCUGCUACAUCGCAUAUGACCCCUUCAUCAGGCUCAACCGCGCCUUCUGCACCUCCCAUCGCUUCUUACUCAGCUGCAGCCCAAAUAAAUCGUUUCCCAAUGCUACUUGGAAUUUUACCAAUGAUAGCAGUAUUGUAA